AUGGCGAAAAAGAAAGGGCCUCGCAGUCGCGGUGGACGAGCGUCACCAAAGACUAGCCAGCGCAGUGUCACCACCACCGUCACGCCAUCACCGGCAUUCUCUGCGGCCUUUUCCAUCCCCGAGGUGUUCGAGUCCAUCCUGCUCCAGCUCGACCAGGGCACCCUCCUCACCUCCGCCCAGAGGGUCUGCAGGGCCUGGCACCGCUUCAUCACCACGUCGCCCCAGCUGCAAAGACACCUGUUCCUGCUGCCUGCCGCGCAGACCAAGCAACAUGCGCAACCGAAUCCGCUGCUGGAGCACCUGCUCGGCCCGCUCCUGUUCGCAGAGCCGCACAUCAUCACCGACCCGCCGGGCCCUUCCGGCCCGUACGCGGUCAUCCAGCGGCACGCACCCCCGGACAUCCUCUCCCUGAAGCUGCCCAUGGCCGACAUGCGCUCCCAGCGGCGGCAUCACGAGGCCUUCCUCCGCGCCGGCGCGAGCUGGCGGCGCAUGCUUCCCAGCCAGCCCCCGCCCACAGAGGUGCUGCACUUCAUCCACCUGACGCCGUACCUGGACAAUGACCACCUGUCAGCCGUCAUGGGACGGCUGGGUCCAGGUACUCGGGUUGUGCGGCAGUACACGAUAGACAGGGCGCGGUGGGGGCGUCAUUUCCACCAUCGACUCGUGUUCGGGGGCGAAGAGGCAGACGGGUGUCUGAGGAUGGGGUUGCUGUACGACAUGAUGUACUAUCUUCUCUGGGGCAGCGACAUCCCACAGGGAUGCAUCAACACCGGGUCUGCGGGCCUCUUGAGCGACAAGGCAUUGCGGAUCAUGCAGGGGUCUUCGCUGGUCGGAGAGCAGCAGCAACAUCAUAUCGUACAUCACAACAGCAGUUCCGCCACACAAACAGCCGGCCAUCCUGUCCGAAAGCAGCAACAACCACCGCAAUGCCAGCCGCCCACCAUCACGCGCUGGGCCAUCUUCAGCUCGCUGGACUGCGGCCGCUGGACCCCCGGCUUUGUGCCCGAGCGCGAGCAGGCCGCGGCCAUGCACCGGUCGUCCAGCAUCUCGGCGAACCCGCAAGACACAACCCCUCGCUUACAGGGUCUUUGGACCCUGGACAGGGGAAGCCUUGGCCCCUUGACCAGGUAUCUGUCCCACUACCAGCUCACAUUGCGGGGCAGGUCGGCCGGUUCCGUGCUCGCCGAGACUCGAUAUAAACAUAUCCAACCCUCGACAACGGCCUUUAACACUGGUAGCAUCAUCCAAUCCUCGUGGCGAAAGGGAAGAAAGACAUCUAGUUGCUCAUCCGACCCUGAACUCGAAAUCGAACUGCUGGCAGCAUUGUCAAUACCUGCACCCACCCCGUCUCCCCGUCAUGCCUCUGCCACCAGCGCCGUCAUCACAACCGGCCCCAUUACCGACCAAGUCAACGGUCACCGCGACAGCAAAAUUCCAUCCGUUCCCACGCCUGCCCUACGAGCUCAGACGGAUCAUCUACCUCCUGGCCACGCCACAGCGCGUAGUCCACGUGAAGGAGCGCUUCACUGCGGACGCUACGUACGCGGCCACGCGGCAGCACGUGCUCGACCACGCCCCUCGCACCGAGUGGCCUCAGGUUGUGCAACGCUAUCGGCAACGGCAACAACGACAAGAGGAAGAGCAGCAGGAGCAGGAGCCGCUACUCCACCCGUCCCUCGCGUACUUCUCCCACAUCUGGCAGACACCGGGCAGUGCCGCCUGGUUCCCUCCCGAGGAGCACGGCGGCGACGAGGUCCCUGCCCUGGCGCAGCUGCUGCUGCCGGACCACCCCAACCGGGACCAGGAUGCGGCCUGGCAUCUGUGGCGCCAGACGCGGCUGCACAGCACCACGCCGGUGCCGGCCCUGCUGCACACGUGUGCCGAGUCGAGGCUGGUGCUGCGCGAGAGCGGAGGCUGUGGGACAGGAUGAUGCUUCCGGGGAUGACCGUUGGUGGUGGUCGUGAUGACGAAAACGGUGACGAUCAUGAUGCAGGUGAUGAUGCUGAUAUGAAUAAAAGCAAUGGCAACAACAGCAACAAUGCCGACAUCGACGAGCGGCUCCUCCGCCAGAGCGAGCACGGCGGCAUGACGUGGUUCAACUUUGCCCGGGACGUGCUGUACAUCGGCCACAACGGGUCCGACUUUGCCCCCGAGCAGCGCGACUACCCGCGGCUACUCCUCCACAGCCAGCCCUGGGACGUGUCCGUCUUCCUGCCGCACGACCUCGCCCGCGUGACCCGCCUCGCCCUGCCUGGGGCCAGCUCCAUGGCCGGCUCUACCUGGUUCGCACACGUGCCGCACGCCUACAUGGGCCUCGUCGACCACCUGCGGCUGUUCCCCCGCCUCAAGGAGCUGCUGCUCGCCGAGUGGGCGCUGCUGGGGGGCCAUCUCGAUGAUGAUGGUGAUGAUGUUCAUGUUGUUGUAGACGCCGAGACCGGGGCCGGGCUACCCGACGGCCCUUCUCCGCAGCAGGUCCACCGUGACCGCAUCGCCCGGGCGAGCGAGACGUGGUUCUACCUCCCCAUGCGCGACAUCGACGCCUUCUCGCCCCGCGUGUACAAGAUGGAGGACGGGCAGCAGGCCACCGCGGUGGCGGCAAUGGCGCUGCAGAUGCACUCCGUGCUCAAGAGCCAACACCCCUGGGUCCCGCGCCGAGGAGGUGCCGGCAGCAGCGCCGCAGGAAGACUGCCAGAUGAAGAAGAAGAAGAAGAAGCAGAGGAGGAGGAAGCCCACUCCUUUCUUGCCCAGCAGACCCGGCUGUGGACCGCUGAUCUGGCCACUCUUGCAGGACAACCGCCCCUCGGCGGCGGGCUCGGUGGCCUGCCGCGCCUGCCCGCCAUGAAGACGAUGCUGAGGAUUACGCUCGCGCACGUCGGCACGGAGGACAUGCUUGAGGCGCUGCAGGCUGAGCGCCAGGCUGUGUGGGCGGGCAUCGUGGCGAGUGACGACGGCGACGCAGUGUCCGGAGCGCAGGUGCGCCGGGAUAGCGUGGAUAUCUUCUCGGCGCGGCCCAUCAUGCCGCCCCCGUUUGAUCGCCAGAUCGGCUGGACUUCGGAAAAGGUGUGCCCGCCCAGGAGGGAGCAGGUGGUGUGGAGUGUGGUGGACAAGGGGAUGAUGCGGGAUGCGGUGGACAUUGGGAAUCUCGAGUUUUCGCUGGACCCUCAGGUCUGA